ACCAAUUGUGUGCAUUUGGUCAAUCAUCAACGGCAUCAACCUUGCAUCAGUUCCAUCAACCCAGACCAGCCUCUAAACACAUCUCCAUCUACUUAAAACAUCUGUUAACAUGACUGGACGCGGCAAGGGCGGCAAGGGCCUCGGCAAGGGCGGUGCCAAGCGCCACCGCAAGAUUCUGCGCGACAACAUCCAGGGCAUCACCAAGCCCGCCAUCCGCCGUCUGGCGCGUCGUGGUGGUGUCAAGCGUAUCUCUGCCAUGAUCUACGAGGAGACCCGUGGUGUCCUCAAGUCCUUCCUCGAGGGCGUCAUCCGUGACGCCGUCACCUACACCGAGCACGCCAAGCGAAAGACCGUCACCUCGCUUGACGUCGUCUAUGCCCUCAAGCGCCAGGGCCGCACCCUCUACGGUUUCGGUGGCUAAGCGGCUCGCUGCUCUCGAGCUUUGGUGGUUAGGGAAGGGUUACGCCCCAAGGUUCAGAAGGUCGCGCCGUGGCAUGCGGAUGGGCCUCAAAGGAGUGUGAUGAGGUCUCUGUGUGUACCUGGCCGGCUACAUGGCUGGGCCGUUCCCUCCCCGAGGGAUAUGACCAUGGGGGGUUGGUGAUUAUCAUGGCAUGAUCGGGCACAUGUUUGCUUUUUGCGGUUGUUCUUACGUCUGGCGUUGGGAUUGGGGAUUAGGUACACAACUAUGACAUGGUCAAUGGGAAUGGCCACGGCGUCUAUGGGAGGGGCGGUUGCCCUACGAGAAUUUGAUUUUGAUCAAACCAAACUGUGCACACCUUACCUGGGA